CGGAGAUUUGGACCGCCAAACCAUAUGAAAGACGUCAUGUCGUUGCUAAUUUUAUUAUUCUCACAUUUUCUUUUGAAAGCAACACGCGACGAUCACAGUCGCAUAGCAUACACAAAUUUUUUCUUUUAGGGGUUAAUUCUGGGUGUUUUAUAUUGUAUUGCUUUAUGGGUUCGCCUAAUCCAAGAUGAUUCUAAUGGGCAGUUGACAGGAGAUAUCUUACUAAGUUCGGGUUCAUGGAAGUUGCAUGCGCUGGUUCUGAUGGGGCAAGUGAUGUGAAAAAGACAUAUAGAGAGCAGAGAGAAGCUCUGCAAGGGGAGCCUAAAUGUGUUUUAUGUGGUCGUUAUGGGGAGUAUAUAUGCGAUGAGACUGAUGAUGAUAUUUGUAGCUUGGAAUGCAAACAAAUUCUUCUAGGCGGGGUUGGUAAAUCUGAUAUUUCAGUUGGUAUUCCACCUCCUAGAAGAUUAGCUGCAACUGAUGAGUGCUUCUAUGUUAGAGAAAAUGGAACAUCCUCUUUAACUAAUGAUCAGACUGAAUUACUGAGAAGGACACUUGAAAUCCAUGUUAAGGGCGAGCUGGUUCCAGAUCCCAUUUUGUCAUUCUCUUCUUGUAAUCUUCCUCAGAAGCUUCUGCUGAACUUAGAAGCUGCAGGAUAUGACCUGCCUACACCUGUCCAGAUGCAAGCAAUACCAACUGCUUUAAGCGGCAAAAGCCUGCUUGCUUCGGCUGACACGGGUUCUGGGAAAACUGCUUCCUAUCUAGUCCCUAUUAUUUCUUCUUGUGCUAGUUAUCGCCUUCAGCAUUCUUCUGACCGCAAGCCACUAGCAAUGGUCUUAACUCCUACUAGAGAGCUUUGUAUACAGGUUGAGGAUCAAGCUAAGUUGUUUGGUAAGGGCUUGCCUUUCAAGACAGCACUUGUGGUUGGUGGCGAUGCUAUGGCUGGACAGCUCUAUCGUAUUCAGCAAGGAGUUGAGCUGAUUGUAGGGACUCCAGGCAGGCUCAUUGAUCUUUUAACAAAGCAUGAUAUUGAGCUAGAUAAUGUGAUAAUAUUUGUCAUAGAUGAGGUGGACUGCAUGCUCCAAAGGGGCUUCCGAGAUCAGGUUAUGCAGAUAUUUUGGGCUCUCUCUCAACCCCAGGUUUUGCUGUACUCUGCAACAGUCACACAAGAGGUAGAGAAGAUGGCAAGCUCUAUGGCAAAAGAUAUGGCUCUUGUAUCCAUUGGCCAACCUAACAGGCCCAGUAAAGCUGUAAAGCAGCUGGCCAUCUGGGUUGAGCCGAAGCAAAAGAAGCAAAAGCUUUUUGAUAUAUUGAUGAGUAAGCAGCACUUUAUGCCACCAGCAGUUGUUUAUGUGGGUUCAAGGCUUGGGGCAGAUCUACUAUCUAAUGCAAUCACAGUCACCACAGGGUGGAAAUCUCUAUCCAUCCAUGGGGAGAAGUCCAUGAAGGAGAGAAGAGAGAUCAUGAAAUCUUUUUUGGUGGGGGAGGUUACUGUGAUUGUGGCCACUGGGGUUUUGGGUCGGGGAGUUGAUCUCUUUGGAGUGAGACAGGUAAUAAUAUUUGACAUGCCCAAUUCCAUUAAGGAGUACAUCCAUCAAAUUGGGAGGGCAUCUCGAAUGGGAGAGGGGGGUAUAGCAAUUGUCUUUGUUAAUGAGGAGAACAAAAAUUUAUUUCCGGAGUUCAUUGAAGUCUUAAAAUCUUCUGCAGCUGUGAUACCUCGCGAGCUUGCAAAUUCAAGGUAUUCUGUUGGCAAGGGCCAGAAAAAGCGAAAAUAUGGUUCUUGAAUCAUCAGAACCAUUUUUUGUUUCUUGGCUUCAUUUGAUAAUUGAAGAGGUGAAAAAUCCAUUCUGUUGCUACGUUGCUGACUUGUUCAACUGCUGGAUUGAUGUAGCAGGGAAACUUGCCAUGUUGAUGGGUGUUUCAUAAUUCCUUACUUGAGCAAGAAACCUUUACCAUUGGCUGCACGAUGAAGAUGAUUGCUAGAGGAAUAAGUAGCCUGUUUAGAUAGCAUGUAGCUACACAGCAUGAAGGUUAAAUAUUCUGCAAUUGUUUUCAUGUUUUUGAACUGAUUUUUUCCCUGCUGGUUAGUUCUGGUGGCUGUUAUUGAUACAAGUCAAGGACAAUCCAGAGUUCACAGAGAAGACUUUGCUAGUGCACCAUAAAUCUCGGUGAGGCUUAAGGUCAUGCAUGCUUGUCGGGGGAGGGUUUCAGACCCACUGUCCAGUUAAAUAUGGAAUUCUGGUUCUAUAGAUGAUAAUAAUUGGUACAAGAGCAAAGAUUCUUUGAAUGGCAGUCAUUGAAUUGAAACACUGGAAUCUUUUCAUUUUAUCAGCAGGGAGUUAUUUAAAGAAAAAUGAUGGGGCAGAGUGUAUAGGAACACUAGCACUUGAGGACCUCGAGUCUGUGCAGCAAUGGCGAACAAUAUUUCAGUUGAAAGAGCCUUUGGUAGUGACUUGAAAUGAUGUCUCUGACAAUUAAAGCAAUGACAGGGUCUAUGUAAAAAUCUGUAUACAAGCUUACUAAGAGAGCACUUGCAGGUAAUACUGGAAAAUGAUUGUCCAAAUUAGAGUAAUUUGUAAGUCCUAAAGCUAGAUAAAUAAAAGCAUACUUGUCAAGAGUAUGCAAGAUCCGACUUUUUAGAA